GGAUUGAAAAACUGCAAUAUGUUCAACCCAUUUGCGCGAUCCAAGAACGAUCUCCCGUCGAUGAAUCGACAUGGCAUCACAGCCUGGGCCCACGAUAUUAUCGAUGAACUGCAAAGAAUCGGUACCUUAAAUUCAGACGAUGAGAAGGCUGCAGAUGAUAUUUUUCGAGUGUACCAAAACAUCCUUCAAUUUUAUUCAUGGGUGUGCACACGUCCUAGAAUUCAUGUAACUCAUGCCCAACGUCCUAUCCAACAGCCUUGGGCACAAAAUGACAUUUUUGCUUCGGCACAUAAGGUCUGGAGCGAUCUUGAGUGGGAACUAAGGCUAGAGAAAGAUGGCGCGUUUGUUGAUCAGAUGAUUGAACAUCUCGGGUGGUUUUGGAAUGUUAAGAACAAUUUGGUAAAUCAAGCCCGCCAUACCCGUGGACUCCCUGUCCUUUCAAGCAUGCAAGCAAUGGCAGAAGCGGCAAACUAUGCUAGAAUUAGCAGUAUCGAUCGUGCGAAUAUGAUUCAAACUCCAGUGUCGAGAACCAUAGCAUCGGGUUUUCACUUCCACCGUCCCGUGGCGCCUGCAAGCAGAGAAAAUCCGAGAAAUGUUACCGAAGCUUUUCCUGCAGGACAAAACACAAGACGAGGAAGCUCAAGCGAUGAUAAUCUGCGUCCGAGUCAAACAUAUUCAUCCGAAAUUCCAUCCAUACGACAGCCGAAGACAGGUCAUUUGCAACUCCCAAAAUAUUCUCAAUCAGUUCAGGAGCCGCCUAAUUCUGCAAUGCCAGUCGCUCUAUCGGUAAAAGGCAAACAUUCUCCUCAUUUACACCCCGGUGCAUACUACCAACCACCCACUGCUCGUGAUAAGUCGUCGCGCAAUGUUGUUAACAUGUCGGGUGAUAAAUAUAACGACGGUGUUGAAUAUUCGCAGAUCUCUCAAGUUCCUGUCGGCCUGAUCCUACCUGCACCACCAACUCGAAAUGACAGGUACCCCAAUAGAGCCCAGGGGUUCGGUGAUGGAUCCAAGCGUCUUACGACUAGUAUGCCAUCUAUCAAACCAGCUUUUAGUGGCCGAGAAAAGCAUGGAAGAGAUUUACCGAGCUCUCACGAUGGACAGUUAGCACAAUCUCAUAGCGAUAUAACACGUACCACGGCCGGUAAUUAUUCAUCUGACAUCAGACAUCCUGUCAAUACCCUAAGUAACGAUGUGAUCGUAAUCUUAGAUACGCCGUCACCGGAAUCAACAACUACACCUAUCGAAAGACUCAGGCCGAGAGAUUAUCGCUCCCAUCCAAGUUCACCCGCUAUAUCUUCUGAAGAUAAACAUGAAGUUGAACGUCCUUUCUCAGUAGAAAGACCUCCUGUGCAUAGCAGAGACAUAACUAGGCAUUCUAUCUAUCCGAUUAAUCCUGCGGGACCUUGCAAUCAACGCUUAGUAGAAUCUGCAGAAGUAGACAAAAUGAGAAGCGAAUCUUCUGAUCGACGAUCAACCAGACAGGGAAGCGAUGGUACGGGAGAAAAAAAGCAGAAACGAGUCACUGAAGUUAGUGAUAAGAAGGCAAAAGCCACGGAGAGCGAUCUGAGCACACCCAAGGAGAAAAAAUCCACUCCUAUAAAUGGCGAUCAGCGCAAUAUGAAGGUUGACUGUAUCGGAAAAGACGAGAAGUCAUUGACUAGUUCUGUCAAUUUGAUACAGAACUACAGGAUGAAUGACUUCCAAAAAGCCAAUACAAAAAGACCUGAGCCUAUCAAUACUAUUUCGGCAAAUCAAAUCAAGAAAGCGAGGAUCAGCGAAAAUUCCGCAACUUCCUCUCUUGGUUAUACUUCUCCUUACACAAACUUCCUCAAGCAGUACCAACCGAGCAAUCUUAAUAGUCCUAAAGGAUCAGGAAUAAUUAAAAAUUUCGCCGGAGAUAAGGGGGAGGAAAACAAAGCUGUUGGCGGUGGGUAUAUUGGCGAAAAAACUGGCAAUGAAAAGUCUGUCGGCGAGAAAACCCUUGAAGAAAGCACCAUCGGUAGCAAGCAUAUGAACCAGAAGUCUAUCAACGAGGAGCUGGUUAGCGACAAAUUCAUCAACGAGAAAGUUGUCAACGAAGACUCUACUGGCGAUGAAAUAACAGUCGAAGAUCCAGCUAUGGAGGAUGCUGUGAGCAAGAAGACUUCGAGAAACAAAGUCGCAUCGGAAAAGUCGUUGAGAAAUAAGCCACUUUCUGCGAAGGGCAAAAAGUCCAAAUCACUCUAUCGUCCUUUCAGCAUGAGACAAUCCUAGAGAAAUAUGUUUUAGAGAGUCACUGUGAGCUUCUGUGGACGGAAAGGCAGAUGGGAAGGGAGGGGGCCAGCAGUCAACCAAGUCUAGUGUGCUAGGUGACUAGAAAGUGUUAUGAUAGCGUCUAUAGCCAUCUAUAGAUCACGCAUGUACUUUUGGUCAGGAGGUUCGACCAGUGGAUAGAUCUUCUAGGCAUUCGAGUCUAGCAACUUCAUCCACUUAUUUUAGUUCUUUCAAAACACACCUAUGUCCACAAUAAUUUCCGAUUCUAGUUGUCAGUUUUCCUACAAAUGAAUCAAUGCCA